AUGUGGAUCUAUACCCAGAUUUGGGCUUUAUAUUGCUUUGCCAUCGUGGUCUGCCUGGAGGAACAAUUUGCCUCCAGAAACAAGGUUCUUCUGAAAGACAAUUCUGCUAAAGAUGGCAACCAUUCUGGAAGACACAGAGCCAAAAGGACGCCGUCCCAGAGAAGCUACUGUAGACUACGAGGCUGCUGUCCAGGCAGAGAUGAUGACUGCACCUUCCAGUACCAUGUCAGAAAUGCAACCUGUUACUGUGAUGAUUUCUGUACUUCAGACCCUCCUGGCUCUGCGGAUUGCUGCCCUGAUUUCUGGGUUGUUUGCCACGAGCGUCCUGCUAGGCACCCUGAUCCAGACCAUAUAAGAACUCCUCCAUUACAGCAAGCGGGUUGCUUCAAAAAUGGUCAGCAUUUUGGAGAAGGAGCAAUGUUGAAAGACAACUGCAACUCUUGCAAAUGUUUAAACAGUAAUUGGAAAUGCUCAGAUGAAACAUGCCUCAUCCAGCCCAACUUAAUUAAGCAAAUCAACGAUGGGAACUAUGGGUGGAAAGCUAAUAACUAUAGCCAGUUCUGGGGAAUGAGCUUGAAAGAAGGCUACAAUUAUCGUCUGGGCACAUUUCCCCCAACUGCUGCUCUGCUGGACAUGAGGCCACUCACACAAAACACGAUAGCAGAAACAGACUUCCCUGAAUAUUUUGUGUCCUGGUAUGAAUGGCCUGGAUGGAUUCAUGACCCUUUGGACCAAAGAAAUUGUGCAGCAUCCUGGGCUUUUUCAACUGCAAGUGUUGCUGCGGAUAGAAUCGCAAUUCAUUCCAAAGGCCGUUUCACGGACAAUCUUUCCCCUCAGAACUUGAUCUCUUGUGACACAAGGAGCCAACAGGGAUGCAAAGGAGGAAGCAUACAUGGUGCUUGGGCUUACUUGAAGAAAUACGGGUUGGUGACUCAUACUUGCUAUCCAUUAUUCUGGAAUCAAUCUCAACAAACCGCUUGUGCAAUUUCAAGUGUAUUUGAUGCAGAUGGGAAAAGGCACGCUACACAGCCAUGUCCAAAUAACAUAGAGCCAUCCAACCACGUCUACCAGUGUCAUUCUCCCUACAGAAUCUCUUCACAGGAGACUGACAUAAUGAAAGAAAUUAAAGAAAAUGGGCCAGUGCAAGCUAUCAUGCAAGUAUAUGAUGAUUUCUUCCUUUACAAGAGUGGAAUUUAUAAGCACAGUAGAAACAUAGGUGGGCAGCCACAGCGUGAUCAGAGGAGAACCCAUUCUGUCAAAAUUGUUGGGUGGGGUGCAUUGCAAGGUGCAGAUGGACAAAAGCAAAAAUUUUGGAUUGCUGCAAAUUCCUGGGGAAAUUCCUGGGGAGAAAAUGGCUAUUUCAGGAUUUUACGUGGACAAAAUGAAUGUGACAUCGAAAAACUGAUGAUAGCUGCCAAGUGUCACCUUUAGGAAGCCUUCGUUUUUGCCAUUUUUAAACAAUACCAUAUAAUAUUUGAGGAGCAUUUCCUUUCCUGCUUUUCUGCUACAUAACCUCUAGGUGGCACUGUGGUAUAGUGCAAAUAUGCAUGAGGAAAUCACACUUCCUC